AGAUUCGAAGGACUUCUUAAGGCAUAGCUCAAAGUCUCUUGUUCUGCAGCUCCUUCAAAAUUCAUGGAAGAGAGAUAACAAUCCUUUGCCACAGAGACACCUGUUGCCUGGUCAAACUCUUCAUAUCCCAGGUGCAGUUCUAAGGCAUGUUCAUUCUGUUCAGAGUGCUGACAGCUUUUCUUUAUACAUUUACAGUGGUACCUCGGGUUACAUACGCUUCAGGUUACAUUUGCUUCAGGUUACAGACUCCGCUAACCCAGAAAUAGUACCUCGGGUUAAGAACUUUGCUUCAGGAUGAGAACAGAAAUUUCACAGUGGCGGCACGGCAGCAACGGGAGGCCCCAUUAGCUAAAGUGGUGCUUCAGGUUAAGAACAGUUUCAGGUUAAGAACAGACCUCCGGAACGAAUUAAGUACGCAACGAGAGGUACCACUGUAUUGUAUUCAUGGAAUACAUCAAGUAUAGAACGUUCUUUGAUAUGCAAGCUUUUCGACAGGAUUUGGUGCAUCAUGUACUUGCAUGAGUUGAUUUCAGUGAACAUGGUGUGUAUCGCAAGUGAAUGCUUCCAAGACACUUGGGCUUGGUUCGCAUGUAGUGGCAAACCAUGGUUUGGCUAUUUAUGCUUGUGCACCCCUGUCUUUCUUCUCCCUCAUAUGCUCCAGUUCCACAACUGACUUCCUGGUGAGCAGCAAACCAAGGUUUGCCAUUACAUUCGGAUGCAAGGACAGAAUAUUGCUUUCAUUUCUUGUCUGCAGGCAUAAGAAGAUUCAAAGCACACACACACACACACACACACACACACACACACACAGAUGGAUAUAGAUUUAUAACAUUUAUAAAAUACAAUCCUAACAAUAAAACAAAAAUCAAACCACAUCAUAAAAGCAUGUCAACAAACAGGAAAUAACAUUUAUCAUUGCAAGCUCUAUUACCUUGCUGGAAUAAAACAAAAGCUCUUCCAUAAGUUACCCAAAAAGGUCUCCUUGCCUCACCUACUGUACUUCUGUUGGUGGUGGAAGCAAUGAAGAAAGCUUAAAAAGAAAAUGAAGAUCUUGAGCAGAAAUCCCUGAGCAACAGCUUUGGGAACCAACCCUCAUGGGAAGUCUGGAACCACUAAAAAGCCAUAGGAAGAUAGGGUGCUGCCAUAUACUGAGUCUGACUAUUGGACCAUCCAGCUCAGUAUUGCUGACACUGUCUGGCAGCUGCUCUCCAGGGUCUCAGGGAUGGGUCUCUCCCUGCCCUGCCUAGAGAGAUUGAACCUGGGUCUUUCUGCAUAUGGAACAUGCCAGGCCAUGGCCCUUCCCCAUGUACGUUAUGUGACAGAAGACUGCCUCUUGAGGCGGUGUCCUACAGCCUAACCCAAAACGGCUGCGAGUUGCUUAAUAGUUAACAUGACAUUAGUUGAUACGUGCAAAGAAGCCCAUCCUUUGCAAUGGGCAGAGAUUGUGUCACUUCUGAGGAGGGCAAACCUGUCAAGAGCUCCACUGGGAGCUUCACUUCGUGCAAAUUCUUCUUCCUUUUAAGGAAGCACAGAUGCCAUAUCACUGUUAGAUGCAGCAAGCGCUGAAAUACUCUGUGGCAAUCCAUCUACAUGGAGUUGCUGAGCAAGCACUUCUGGUGGUUCAAAGCUAGCUGUGAGUCAGGAGGAUGCAUAUUUUAACUCUCUGUGUAACAGAUAUGUGGUUGAGGGCUUCCAACCAAAGCAUCUCACAACUUCUCUCCUUUAUUCUGAAAGGUGGCAGCAAGGUAGCUGCAUGUACAGCAACUCCAUGCAAUAAGGUAUUUGUCAGAAACAGGUCCUCGCUGUAGCUGCAGAUAUUUUAGGAAUGCUAUCAGAAAUGCCUGAAAACAGGGCAUUGCAACUUCAUGGUGAACCGAUUUACACAGAAACCUUAGCACCAUUUGCUUACAAGUGGUGCCAAUGUGAGUGGUCAUUGAAUGUGUGAUUUGGGUUGUUUUAGAACACUUUAAGACAUGGGUAGGCAAACUAAGGCCCAGGGGCCAGAUCCGGCCCAAUCGCCUUCUAAAUCUGGCCCGUGGAUAGUCCUGGAAUCAGUUUGUUUUUACAUGAGUAGAAUGUGUGCUUUUAUUUAAAAUGCAUCUCUGGGUUAUUUGUGGAACAUAGGAGUUGGUUUAUUAUUUUCCCCCCCCCAAAAAAAAUAUAGUCUGACCCCCCACAAGGUCUGAGGGACAGUGGACCGGCCCCCUGCUGAAAAGGUUUGCUGACCCCUGCUUUAAGAAGUCAAUGGAUAGCUCUUGUAAUCCACUCAUGUGUCUAAUACACAUCCAUAUGUAAACCUGUAUCUUACACAUGUGUUCACUGAAGUAUCAUUUGGGGAUUUUUACUGGAGAUCAGGGCACAUGUAAACUGCAGAGGACAUUGCUUUAGAAUACCAGUAUUGCCUUGCUUACUUGGGAAAACCAGUAAGAAUAGACAAAUGCCAGUAUUAAUGGUGAAGGCCAUGUUGGAAAUGAACUGUAGAUGCAGGUUGGACCCACUCCUAUUUCUUGUCUAGAUAUUUAUUUUAUCAUGGCAUGUCUUUCCUCCCAAGAGCUCAAGGUGGUAUGUAUGGCUUUCCACUGUCACAUUUCAUUCUCACGACAACCCUGGGAGGCAGGUUAGGCUGGCCUCAAAUCACUCAGUGAGCUUCAUGGAUUGAACUUCAUGGCUAAGUGGAGAUUUCAACCCUGAUUCCUCAGGUCCCAGCCCAAUACCCUAACCACUGCAUCACACUGUCUAUGCUGGCUAUAUUUGGCUAGAUAACCAAUCACAGCCCAAGUCAUUAUGCUGUCUGCAGGUCAGUACUUAAGAUACUGUUUACUAAGCACUCCAUCCUUUACCACCCAGGUUAGGUCAACAAACCUGUUGCCUGGAUACCACUGUGGAAUGAAAACCAAGAGCAGUCCACAAAUAUGGAUGAACUCUUAGGAGCCACUGGACAUCUGGAGCUUGCUUCCCAAAUAGGUACGUCAUUAUAUCCUCAGUAUUGGAUAAAGCCAAAAUGGAGAAGGAUGCUGAAAGUUUUGUCACAUGUACGUCCCAGAAUUAGUUGAGUGCACCACCUCUCUCACCCAAAUCCAUAGGCGGUGUCAUUUAGCAACAGUGUCUACUACCAUCAGACAGACGUCACAGUGAUGUGUGUUAUAACAGAUAAUCCAUGCCCUGUAUUUUUUUGGAGACGCGCCCCAAUUAUCUGGGCUUGUCCUAAUAAACCUACUGAAUGCUUACACCCACUUAAAAAACAACAUACUUUUAUUGAGUUUUCUGACUAACGUAAUGCAAGUGGCAAAUUACCCACAUGGCAAGGCAAAUGAAAUAAAUAUUGAAAGAACCAAAUAAAGAACAGCAGACCCAGCACUGCUCUGAGUGUAAGAUAAUUGAAAGGCCAGUAAAAAUAAGGAAAGGAAUCUUUCCUAGUCCUGAAAUGUUCACAGUCUAUCAACCACCUCAUGUCUGCCUAGUGACUGUCAUGGGAUGAAGCCGAGAGAUACCCUGGUGAGACUUUAAUGUCCUAUGGUUUAAUUGCUUGCUUGCACCCUAGCCACAUAUGACAACAGAGUUCCUGGCAUUUUGCUUCUUCCAGUCAGCUGCAGAAUGCCACUCAACACAGGAAGACAUUGGGAGAAAUUAGACACAUGUCUCCAGAUCAGCCGGAGCACAUGAAUGGUAAAUCAUGAGACUGCUCCGAUUCUCUCAUGAAACUGGUCAUGCAAAUGUCUCAUCAAGGUAGCAAUUCAGAGGGAGGUGUUUCACAUCCAUCAGAAAUGAUUCAAGGGCGAGGAAUGACUCAUCAGCCACAGAGCUAGCUGAAUAACUGAGAGUUCACCCACAGAAACGCAAGAGGCUUAUAAAAUAAGCAGCUCGCUUGCAUCUAUCAUAACCACUGGGUGGGUAGAGAUCCAUUCAGUGCAUUAUUGAUCAUUUGUUUUAUUUCAGAAAAGAAAAACAAAUCACUCAAGGUAGCUUAGCCUGAUAAUAGAGUAUGCCAUCUAAAACCAGUUAAGAACCUAUUAAAAGCAAAUGCAACAGGCAAGAGCAGCUGAAAGGCAGAUCCCAAUACAGUGGUACCUCAGGUUACAUACGCUUCAGGUUACAUACACUUCAGGUUACAGACUCCGCUAACCCAGAAAUAGUACCUCGGGUUAAGAACUUUGCUUCAGGAUGAGAACAGAAAUUGUUCUCUGGCGGCGCGGCAGCAGCAGGAGGCCCCAUUAGCUAAAGUGGUGCUUCAGGUUAAGAACAGUUUCAGGUUAAGAACGGACCUCCAGAACGAAUUAAGUACUUAACCCGAGGUACCACUGUACCUUGCAACACAAGUAAGCCAACAUGGUGCCUUCUAGAUAUUUUUGGACUACAACUCCCAUCCUUCUGAUCAUUGCCCGUGCUGAUGGGGCUUAUUUAUCUAUUACAAUCAUUUAUAUCCUGCAUUUCAACAAUACAAAUCCUUCCAAGGUGGCUUACAAGAAAGACAAAACCAAUCGGGUGGGGGUAAUUAAGGCUCUGAAGGGGUCUUUGCUUGCCUCUCUUUCUCUGAGUCCUUCUCACAGGGCAGUUGGUGGUAUAUAUGGCACAGGGAAGGAGAAAGUUCAGCUGGCAGCGGCUCUAAGGAGGUCUUUGCCUGUCCUCUCUCUUCCCAUCCUAAGGAACACCUUUCCCAUGGGGCAGUUGAUGCUGGAGGGCCCUGUACACAGAUGCUGGAACAGGCUCUGAGAUAGUCUUCCAUCUGCAUCUCCAAGGUCCAUUUGCACUGUACAUUUAAAGCAGUAUCAUGCCACUUUGAAUAGUCAGGGCUCCCUGGCCCCACGAGAAUCCUGGGAAGUGCAAUUUGUUAAGGGUGGUGAGCAUUGUGAGGAGACCUCCUCCUUCAGUUCUCAGAGUGCCUUGGGAAGAUGGCUUGGCUGUAAAACCACUCUUGAGAAUUGAAGCUCUGAGAAGGGAAGAGGGGUCUCUUAACAAUACUCAGCACCAAACUACCUUUCCCAAGAUGCUUUGGGAGAAGCCAUGUGUUAUGUACUGAGUUGAAUCGGAUUCAGAAUGCAGCAGUCUGAUUGGUCCACAGGAGCCACCCAAUCCAGCUCCAGGUGGAAGUGAAUCCGCAACCUGAUUGGCCUACAGGUGAAUCCCGGAAUUAGCCAAUCACGUGGGGCCCAUUGUGUAAAUAAUGUAUAUAAAGCAGACAUUCUGGGGGAACUUCCAUUCCUCCUCACCACUAUGAGCUGAAUAAAGAGCAUGAAAUCCACUUCCAACUCCAUGUAUAUUUCACCAUGGCUAUUUAAAGCGGUGAAAUAGUGUUUUAAAUGUCUAGCACAGAUGGGACCCUAGAAUGGUAGUCCCAAACAUCUGGCAAACACCAAGCUGCCUACCUCUGAGUCUACAUCAUCAGCAAAUUCUGGCAGUAAAUGUUAUCAAAGGGUAACCUUUUUAAAUAAAAUGAAAAACCACCUUCCAAAACAAUGGAAGGAGAUACCAGGUGAUUUCUUUUGCUAAUGCAUAAUGCAUCCUGCAGCUUCAGAGUCGGGACAGGAAAUGUUGGGGUCUGCACUUCUGCAACUCUUUCAAAUGGGAGAAGAUACUGCAGGGCUACAAAGGUUAGGCUCAAUGGAAAUGUCCCCUCAAGAAUCCAGGACCAAGGCUAUGAUGUCAGGAUAUAUUUCUUAAGUAGUGGAACAAGUCAUACCAUGGUGAAGCAAUGCAAUGCAAUUGCUUUGUGUAGCAGAUUCUGAAGGAACAUCACGUUUCUGCCUUCAACCUCUCUGUGUGCCUUCCCACCCCACACACCCCACACACCGUAAUGGAGCAGCAGGGUGUCACAUUUCUGCUUCAAGGGUAAAAAAAAUGUCCAAAAAUGGCACUGGCAUUGAAAGAAGUGAAAGUGGCAGUAAUUGCAGAAAGAUAAAAAUGUUCUGAAUCUAGAAAAGACUGGGGGUUCCCCAAACACAUGGGAAGUACAUCGUGGGCUAGAGUAUGCAUGGCCGACCGGAGUGAAAUAGCUAAUAAAUUCAGAGUAAACUUGCAGAGUAAGCCCAACGGUGGAAAACCUUCAGAACUUAAGGCAUACUUUAACCCUAUUCCAAACUCUGGUCAGAACUGGGGGAACAGCUGGCGGAGCCAGCCAGAGACUGCCAGAAAGGGGGGAGGAGCCUUUAAAAUAGAGUUUGUUCUUACAUACACACCCUUUUUGCCAGUGUAACUUCCACUGGGUUGCUAGGUCACAUGCCCAAGCUGAAUGGAGAUUAGAACAGGGGUCAUUCUGCCCCUGCCCUGCCUCCCCUUUCUUGGGACUUAGUGCUGGGUCAGCCAGCUUCAGCUAACCCUCAGUUGAGAUGGGAUAGGGAACUUUCCCUAGGCUUGCCAUACGUCCGGAAUUUUCUGGACAUAGCCGGUAAACACCCAUUGGUGUUCAGGUGGAAAUCACCUGAAUGUCCAUGAAAAUUUCAGAAGUCAAGAUUUUGGUGAAUUUGCUUCAAAAUAGCUCAGCGACUUCCUUCUUUUCUUGAGAUUUUGCAAAAGGUGGUGUCCGGAUUUUCACUUUUUGAACUAUGACAACCCUAACUUACCCCAAUGCAUCUCUGGCUGAACUGGGAUGAGGGACUUCAGACCGGGUAGCCCUUGUUGAACCCAGAGAAAGAGGAUGUUGACAGCAAUACUUAGAGAUUAAGCUGACAAUAGCUCUAGGAAGCAAACCAUGACAUCACACUCCUGGGUCCUUCUUUUUCCUGGGGAAAUCCAGGUGUGUGUAUAUGUGUGUGUGUGUGUGUGUGUGUGUGUGUGUGUGUGUGUGUGUAGCAUAUUUCUGGCAGAAUGAGCCACUACAUAAAUGUGCUCCCUAUGGCUGACUGUCACCUCCUCUUCCUUUUCUGGUGUCUCUAAUACCCAGAAGGAAAAUCCCCAUAGUCAGGGUUUUGUGGCCUUCCUCUUCCUUGCAUACUUCCCUUUGCACGCACACACACACGAGAGAGAGAGAGAGAGAGAGAGAGAGAGAGAGAGAGAGGUAGAGGUGGAAAAGUGGGCAAUAUUUUUUAAGGAAAACAAAUCUAGUCCAAUUUUUUUUAAGUGUUUCAAGAAGCAAGUUGGGGUUACAAGUGGACCCUGAAUCAUGUGGGGAAGAGAGAAAUUCAGUGGCAUAGCGUGGGGGGUGCAGGGGGGGCCGGCCACACCGGGCGCAACAUCUGGGGGGGUGCGCUCGCACUCGCAGCUCUCUGCCCCUACUAAAAUCCACGGGUUAGGGGGCGCAAAUUACUUGCCUUGCCCCGGGUGCUGACAACCCACGCUAUGCCACUGGAGAGAUUGAAAGCUUUACACUGAGUUCCUUCUGAAAACAGCUACAUUGUGCACCUUCUCUCCCUUUCAAAAAUCUGUCAGUAUAUUUGCACUGGCCAGGCUGCCCCGUAAAAUGGUACUUAUCUGUUAACAUCUCAUUCCUCAACCCAGUUCAUUUUAUUCUGAAGCGACAUCUGGGAUGAUUUCACAAAUGAGCUUUCCAGAUGGGCGAAAAUUCAGCGGAACUCAAACCACAAUAAAUUAGAUUACAGUGAGCACAGAAUAAAUUUACGACCUGCUUUUCCUACAAGAAAAUCAAGAUUUGGUUCUUUCCACCCAUGCCCUACUUUACAACAACCCUGCAAAGUAGAUUAGGCUGAGAGGUCCAGAAAUUGCAUUGAAAUAGCUUUCUUCCACUGUCACGUUGCCCUCACAGGCUGGCAAUGGCACAAUUCAAGGCAAGAACAAACAGGUUGUUUAUUUGAGCUCUGCAGUUUGCAUUUGCAGAGUUCUUUCCCAUCAGCAACACCCCUGCUUGCAAUCAUUCAGAGCUGUUUUGAGUUCUGUUUUCCCGUAGUGAAGAUUCUGUAAUCAUGAUGAUUUAUCUAAGUAAUCUGGUACAAUUGCUCCCAAUUAGUCUGAUUAAUAUGGCCAACACAUUGAGACUGAGUGGGAAGGGAAGUUGGUAGUAGUUCAAUUUUAUAGCCUAAUUUAAAACCAGACAAGUUGGAUUUCGAAAUGUAAAAAUAACCAUGAGGAGUUAUGUAAGAAUAAACCAGAGACCAUAGAAGGGGAUUUAAAACAAAAUAAAACAAACCUGUGUACAUGAUACAAGUUGUUGGUGGAGAGAUUUCCCAGGCCGUUUAGACGGCUGUAGUCCAUUUCAUUUCAAUGAAAGUCUUUCCAUCAUAUUUUCAUCAUUCCCAAACAUCUCUAUUACAUUUCUAAAAUGGAACUACUGGACAUUUGCUCAGUGUUGUUAGUCUCCCUGGCAGUCUAGCUCAGGAUUCCAAUCCCAGCCAACCCCAGGUCCCAUUUUCUUCCAUUUGAAUUAUUUUAACUUUAAUUUUUAAUCCUAGCCUAUCACAAUGGCCCACAUCAAGCUAGAGUAUAGAAAACAAAACCCCCAAAUUACCACACAUCCUACCCCCAUGGCUCUUCUCACCUUGCGAAACCAGCGCUCUGUUUUGUAACUAAACAAAAAACAACAACACACCAUGUGUCAGAAAUUUGCUUUGGUGGCUCCACUUAAGCAGCAAUCCUAAUGGAACUUGCCUCGCAAUUAGCAUGCAUAGGAUUGCACACUGUUAACACUGGUAUUUCAUGCUGUUGAUUUAUUGUUUCCUUAAGUGUCCUCACUGGCCAUGAAUGAGCCGCGUGCAUAUUUUCCACUGUCAAAUACUGGAAGCUGCGCAGUCACAGAAAAGGGCAGACAAAGGCUGCGUCCCAUAUGUAAGGCAAAGCUGUUUAAGGCAUGUGCUGCAGUGGACACGCUGCAAUGGAAUGCAGAAAUGUCCAAAAGCUGCCAGUUGCAGCUAGAACUUCCUUGAGGUGCCCCAUUUGCUUUCACAAAGACCGUAGCUCAGUACUUGAGCAUCUGCUUUGCAUGCAGAAGGUUCCAAGUUCAAUCCCUGGCACUGCCUGGUAAGAUUGAGAAUGGCUUCACUCUUUAAAUCCCAAAGAGACACUGCCAGUCAGUGUAGGCAACACCAAACUAGAUGGAGAUAAUGGCAUGUUCUCCUUAUGUUCAUAUGGUAAUAGGUAAAGGUAAAGGGACCCCUGACCAUUAGGUCCAGUCAUGGCCGACUCUGGGGUUGUGGCGCUCAUCUCGCUUUAUUGGCCGAGGGAGCCGGCGUACAGCUUCCGGGUCAUGUGGCCAGCAUGACUAAGCCGCUUCUGGCGAACCAGAGCAGCGCACGGAAACGCCGUUUACUCUCCCACCGGAGUGGUCCCUAUCUAUCUACUUGCACUUUGAGGUGCUUUUGAACUGCUAGGUUGGCAGGAGCAGGGACCGAGCAACAGAAGCUCACCCCGUUGCGGGGAUUCGAACUGCCGACCUUCUGAUCAGCAAGUCCUAGGCUCUCUGGUUUAACCCACAGAGCCAUCCGCGUCCCUCAUAUGAUAAUGCUUCUUGCUUAAAUGGAUGUGUGUUGGCCAGCUCUUGCGGUUUGGCUAUGGGUGGCCUGCGAUCUCACAAAAGCACACUGCACCUGUGUGGAGGCAGUGAUAUUUCCGAAAGUUGGAGGCAGCGAUGCUUCUCAAUACCAGUUGCUGGAAACCACAUGAGGAAGAAGAGCUCUUGUACUUGGGUCAUGCUUGUGGGGUUUCCUACGGGCAUCUGUGUGUGUGUGUGUGUGUGUGCAGUAUGAGAACAGGAUGCUGGACUAGCUGGGCCAGCGCUUGAUCCAGCAGACUCUUCUCAUUUAUAUUCCUUAUGGAUAUAUACAUUUGUUCCAUUUUCUCUUCCCUAGAAGAACACAGUGUGCAACAGCUGUGACAUUCAGCACUGGUCGGUCACCUUCCACGUGGAAGCAAAGUGGCAAAUGGAAGGAAGUGAUUGUCUGGCAAUAGGGUGUUGCAGAGCUGUGAGAAGACAUGUUCUUUUUUUUUUUUAUAAAGUAUUUAUUGAAGUUUAAAGAUUGCAAAAAAACAAAAGAAAAACAAAAGAAAAAUAUGAGCAAUAAACAAUUACAAAGCCUCAAAAACAAAAAUAAAUACAGUAGUACAAAACAUCAACAAUAUAAAAAGAAAAAGAAAAAAACCAAAAGCAUUUAAAGAAAAAAAGAAAAACCCAAAAGACAACAAACAAACAUACAAAAGAACCACAUAUUUUCAUAUCCUUAUCUUUCAUUUGCUUAUUUCCUCGACUUCCUCACACCUCCUUUUUUGUAUUCUAGUUCAAUUAAAUAUUCCAGCAAGUCCUUUCCCUCUCUCACAAAUUUAGUUCCAUGAUUUAACUUAACGCAGUUUUUAGACUUAAAUUUACCUCUUUACCCAAUGUCAAUCUAUUCAUACUUGAUUCUUUAUAAUAUUUCUACCAAAGUCAUAUAACUUCUUUCCAGCAUCUUUCUAACCAGAGAAAGGCCUCUGGUUUCUUUAAGAAGGUAUAUUUAAAUACCGUUUUCAUUUCAUUAUAAAUCAUCUCCCAGAAUGCCUUAAUCUUUGGGCAUGUCCACCAGAGGUUGUGAGAAGACAUGUUCACUUGUUGAGGACUGCCUGUUGAGGAGGCUUGAAGGCAGCUGACAUGCACAAUCGGAAGCUGGCUGAGGUCUGGCACUCUCCUGGGUUCCUAUGUUUGUUUGUUUCUAAAUUUUAUUUAUGCUUUUCAGGUUUAUACAUGUCACUAAUUUUACAAUCAUUUUAACAUUUCAAAACUUGACUUCCUUCCCCCUAUUUCUGCGGUUCCUUAAAUUUAUUUUUAACAUCUUCUGCAUAUCCAAAUUAACUCACUUUGCUCAUUUAUUAAUCUACUUUAAAUAUAUACGCUUAUAAAACUGCAGGUUAUUGGAAAAAUCCUGCCAGUGCUCUUAUCUGUUUACAAUUUAUCUGUCAAUAUUCAAUAAACCAUUUCCAUUCAUUUAUAAAAACUUUGUUAUCUUGAUUUCUUAUUCUUCAGGUAAGUUUUGCCAUUUCUGUAUAUUCCAUAAGUUUUUGUAUCCAUUCUUCCUUUGCUGGGACUUCUGCUUCUUUCCAUUUUGGGGUGAGUAACAUUCCUGCCACUGUAGUAGCAUACUCAAAUAAGUUUCCAUACAGUUUAGGUAGUUCUGUCCCUAUAAUCCCCAAAAGAAUUAUGGGUUCCUAUGUAAGAUGUAGAAUAUGUUUUAGUGAGUCGACAAAAGGAACUAUCCUACGUGAAAACGCAACGGUACUGUGGAGACAGAAUUCUUGGUCAACUAUAUUUUUUUGUUGGGAUGACAGCGCAAUCCACUUUGGCUGCAGCUGAGCUCAGUGGAGAGAACUUCAGAUCUUGGAGUCUAUAAAGAAAAACUAUAAAGCGAGUGUGAAUUUUUAAUAACAAGACGCAAGAGAAGAUCUGUUUCAUCAAGGGAUGGGUGAGGCAUGGAGAGAGGCAAGAAAGAAGGCAUAGCAAGAAGAUCCCUGUGCAAGGACCAAGUAGAAAUUGUCUUGUAGGAGAGAACCAAUUGCAGAAAAUUGGAGAUACUCUGUACUUUAAUGGAAACGCCUUGCUUCCAAACUAGCUGCUGAGGGCUAGAGUAGAAGAGUAGUCACAAGAUACACCCUCUUCUACAUGUAUAGCAGAGGUGGGGAACCAUUUCUGGCUGAAAGGCCACAUUCGCUGCUGAGGACCAAGGGCCACUGGAGGGCAUAUUCCACUGGAAACAGUUGGUUUGGGGUGAUAGCAACUGCACUGCAAAACUACCUGUUUUGGGUGAUCCACUAUGCAGUCACCUAUUUCGGGUGAUCCACUAUUUGCGGUCUUUAGACUAUUGUCAAAAACUUACUUAUUCUGUCAAAUUUUAUUUUCUCUGCUGGUUAGCGGGUGGGAAUAUACAUUUGGUUUUUGUUACUGCGCUGCCAAUGUUGUUUUUGCUGUUAUGGGGGAGGGCUGCUUUGGAUGUAUGCUGUAUGGUAUAUUAAUGUUUAUAUUAUUCUCUCCCCCCCCCAUUAUAAAUUGUAUUUGUUCAUAGAUUUUUCUGUGUGAGUUGCUUGGAAACCUUCUUUGGUGACAAGCAAUUACUAAGUUUAAUACAUAACCGUUGCCCGACAUAUGCCAAGAGCUCAGGUCCACUCACCUUUUGUAGUUCACUGGAAUUAAGAUACACAAAAAAAUAGAGAUAUUAAUCACCUUUAGCAAACACUGAAGAACCUGGCAAAAGAUGAGUGUGCUUUCCUAAUACAUGCCAAUGAUCUUGAUCAAAGGCAUUGCCAGCUACUCAGACAGGGAAGAACAAAAGAAAUCAUGAGACACACACACAUGUGUUUCACCAGGCUGGCUUAGCCGCCCAACAGGUAAGACAUGAAUAUAAAUAGCUGGCACAAUUAUGGCUAAGAGUCACGGGGAUUUAGCCUCAGUGAGUUCCCCAUUGCAAAGGGCUGAUUAAACUACCAUUGUUAGAUUGCCAUACUUCCUCAGUGGUGAGGUAGACGCUGAAGUCAGCAUGCUGAAUUUGUUUUAUGAUCUUUACAGGGCUGGUUGCUGUUUUAAUGUGCUUUAAUAUGUUGAAUUAUCUUGGGUGACAUCCAGGGCUGUCCAUCCACUUGCACAACAGAAAUCUACUUGGGGAAUUUUUUCUUUCUUAAAUAAAGUUUGUAAAAAGAGGGGGUGGGGAGGGAAAUCUGAUUGCACAACGGGAGUUCUAGUUUCUUGUUUCCCCUUCCAGCCUCCUGAACUUCUCAACACCCUGAAGCUGAUUUGGGGGGGCACACAGGGGAAAAGAGGGGGGGAAAUCCCACUGUUGAAAUGGGUGCCCCUAUCGGUUAUUUUAAAGCUCCCCGGCCCCUGAAUAUCCAGCCUGUGAAUAGUUGUGUACACGUGUGGGGUACACGUGGAGUAUAUUUGCGUGUGACAAGCUUUUAGCAGUUUUAUACCUGGUAACUGCCUUGGUUCCUCUCAAAGAAUUAUGGGAAUUGUAGUUCAGGGAGUAUACUAAGAAAUUCCUACCACACUCACUUUGCAGUUUUCCUGGAGGAGAAGCAACGACCGUUAAACCAAUUUAAGCCAGUAGUGUACAAAAAUCCCUGUUGUUUGGAAAGAUAUGUGCAUUUGUGCAAUCCCCGCAUGUGCAUUCACACUCUAGUUUAUACACAGCUGCUAUUUGGGGGACCAUCUCAGACCCCAAAAUAGGCAGAUGAGGCCUUGUUAGUGGUGCCCAGUGCUGCCCAGUUGGCAAUAGCUCACGUCAGGGCCUUUUCAGUGGUGGUUCCCUGAUUGUGGAAUGCCCUCCCUAGUGAGGUCCACCUGCCUGCAUCAUUAUUAAUCUUUAGGAGGAACCUAAAAACAUUCCUGUUUACGCAGGCAUUUAGUGGCUGAAGAAUACUGUUCCUGACAACCUCAAGAUUAUUGGAUGGAAGCUGAUUUUUAAUUGUGAUCGCUUUUGGAAUGUUUUUAACUAAGGUUGUUUUUACAAGUCUUAGAAUGUCUUUGUUUUGUUUUAAAAUUGCAUAGGUAUCUGCCACCCUGGGCUCCUUGGGAAGGAAGAGCAGGAUAUAAAUUCAAUAAAUAAAUAAAUAACUAUGUUAGUUGCAUGCACAAGUUACAUUUUGAAGUACCGUAUUUUUCGCUCUAUAACACGCACCCGACCAUAACACGCACGUAGUUUUUAGAGGAGGAAAAUCCGUAGGCAUGCCACCCGUAGGCAUUCCCUCCAUAACACGCACAGACAUUUCCCCUUACUUUCUAGGAGGAAAACAGUGAGUGUUAUGGUGCAAAAAAUACGGUAUACACUAAAUUAUAUAAUACUUGUUCUUUAAAGAGAAAAUGUCUUUAAAAAGCCAAAGAGAUUUUUUGUGUGUGUCACUUACCUAUAGUCUCCUUAAUUUUUGAAGCUGUCACUUUUACUCCUUUUUUCUCAAGCAAAUGACUAAUGAAGUCGAGACACAUCCCGAUUUACAUGGUAAUGCACCAGUAAAGCAGCUUAAUGGUCCAAGAGCUAACAUCCAGGUUUUAUGUAUUUAUUCAAGUGAAAAUGAAGGUAUUUCUGCCACAAGGCUUUUCCAUGUCAUUUUAAGCUGUCUCUCAAUAAUUCUUGCCACUGUGACUAAGCUCUAUACUCUUGUUAACAGUUUACUAGACAGGUGCAAAGAGGAAUUAAAAGGUUUGCAUGGUGGGAUUUGGGGGGGGGCAGGCACAUUAUAUAAUAAUUUUUUAAUAUGUGCACUUUUCCUGAACCCGCUGAGCCCCGUUCAUCAAAUAAAUCAGGUAAAUGAACCAUAAGGCAGCAGAUCUAAGACUGGAUUUUUGAGCAAGUUCUGCAGUCGCCACUCCUUCUGGUUACUACUGCUCACCCUCACCCCAAGACAAACACUUCACUUUCCCAAGGAAACUGUGUAAAAGUUAGAUCCCAUAGAAUGAAUCGGAGGGCAUGUUCACAUCACCGCUUACUCUAGAUCCAGUGCGCUCCCAUUGCUAGUUUUUGAAGCUGCAUACACACAACGCUGGUGGCGCUGUGGGUUAAACUAGAGAGCCUAGGACUUGCCGAUCAGAAGGUUGGUGGUUCGAAUCCCCGCGACGGGGUGAGCUCUCGUUGCUCGGUUCCAGCUCCUGCCAACCUAGCAGUUCGAAAGCAUGUCAAAGUGCAAGUAGAUAAAUAGGUACCACUCCGGCAGGAAGGUAAACGGAGAUUCCAUGCUGGUUCCAUUCUGGUUCGCCAGAAGCGGCUUAGUUCCAUUCUGGUUCGCCAGAAGCGGCUUAGUCAUGCUGGCCACACGACCCGGAAAGACUAUCUGCAGACAAACGUUGGCUCCCUCGGCCAGUAAAGCGAGAUGAGUGCCGCAACCCCAGAGUCGGUCACGACUGGACCUAAUCGUCAGGGGUCCCUUUACUUUUACCUUUACCUACAACUUUAGCCACAACCCAUAUCAAUCCUGCAGCUCCUUUUUUAUAUAUGCAUACAAUGUUAGGUGAGAAAGGAAAGGGGGAAAGAGAUGGAGGAAGAGUGGUUAGUGGGGUGGGGUCAGGUGGCAAUACUUCUAGUCUUCUACUUAGUGUACAUGUGGGGUUUUAUGUCAGCGUCGCUUGUGGGUUCUCUUUACUAUUCGCUUGUAUUUCUUUGGUGAGGAGAGAAAUUGGGGGUGGCCUAGGGUUGUCUCUGAUUGGCUGUAGUGAAAUUUGUUUUUGUGUGCGAGUGGUGUGUGUGUGUUUGGAUCAGGUUAGCCAGAUUGAUUCAUAUGCUGUUGGCGGGCUCUUCUUGUUGUCUUGUUGGGCUGUGUAUGUGAUAAAGGGUAACAAUACCUGGGUGAAGGCAUCUUCUUCUAUUUGUCCCCCUGUCAGUUUCAGUUUAUUGGCUAGUUUUUCUAAUACAGUAAGGCUGUUUCCCAUACUAUUUAGUACCAUUGGUCUAUGCUUACUCCUGACAGGUCUCUCCAGUGUCUGGCUGUGAUGCUUCUGGCUGCUGAAAGUAGAUGGGUUAUGAGCUCUUUGUGAUGUGAGUGGGCAUUAUUAUCUUGGAAGAUGUUCAGCAGGGCCAGUUCUGGGGUGACUUCUAAUACUUGCUUAGUUAUUUCGCAUAUUUAUUGUAUGAUUGAUGUCCAGAAGAGUUGGGGGCAUUCCCAUGACAUGUGAAGGUAUGUGCCCAUGGAGGUGCAGCUUUUCCAGCAUUUUGGUGAGGUUCUUGGGUGUAUUAGCGCUAGUUUCCGUGGUAUUAGAUCCUGCAACUCGUUGACAAAUACUGCUGCUUAAUGUGUUUUCCCUCAAACCAGCUUCAGUCUGACUAGAAAAGGGCCUUCUGGUGGUUCCCUCAUUGAGAGAAGUGAGGUUACAGGGAACCAGACAGAGGGCCUUCUCGGUAGUGGCGUCCGCCCUGUGGAACACCCUCCCACCAGAUGUGAAGGAAAUAAGCAGCUAUCUUAUCUUUACAAGACAUCUGAAGGCAGCCCUGUUUAGGGAAGUUUUUAAUAUUUAAUGCUGUAUUGUUUCUAACACUCGAUUGGGAGCCGCCCAGAAUGGCUGGGGAAACUCAGCCAGAUGGGCGGGGUAUAAAUAAUAAAUUAUUAUUAUUAUUAGUAGUAGUAGUAGUAGUAGUAUAUUAUUAUGCCACAUUCCCUUUGUGAACGGUGUACACAUUCGAGACAGCCAUUCCACAUGCACAGAUAACAGCUUCAUGAGUAAGACAGGGGCGGAGGAAGGGAGUGCAGUGGGGGCGGGUCGCUUUGGGUGUCACCACUGAGAGGGGUGACAAAAUGCCAGGCAGCACUCACCGCAGGGCCUGCAGUGCACCCAAGCCACAUGUCUCUCCUGGGAGAGAUGCGGUGGCCUGGGUGCACGCAGACUCCACGCUGCCCAAAUGGUCCACCCACUGCCUCCCUCCCCCCAGCUGUAGGGCAGCUGAUUGGGAGGAGGCAGGCAGACUCUGGAGGCCCCGUGGUGUGCCCUGCCCCUAUGGGUGGCUCACCCCGCCCCUGGGAGCGUGCCCAGGUGCCCAAGUGGCUUCCUCCGCCACUGGAGUAAGCGUCCGGGGUGUGGGUGUGUGCAUGGUCAGCGAAACCAUAAAGGUCCUGCAUAUUGGGUGAAGAUAUCCCCACCCUCUCUCUGAUGUGAACAACACUGUGUGAAUGUGGCUUGAAAUGCACGGGUUUGGCAGAACAAGCUCGCUGCAUUUUACGUUGCUAAUGUGAACAUAUCCUUAAGUCUUGAGAAGCACACCAAGCUCAAAGAGGAAGUGGGAAAGAGCAUCCUCCUCCUAACUUUCUCCUGCAGCUGCAUGCAAUUUUCCAUGACCAAGGAGGUAGAGGGUGGGGGAGGGGGGUCUCAUAGGCUUUGUGGGUGCCAAAGGAAGAUCACAUGAGGCACCAUGGCACCCAUGGGCCACCACAGUGGGGACGCCAUUAAUAAUAAUAAUAAUAAUAAUAAUUUUUAUUUAUAUCCCGCCCUCCCCAGCCGAAGCCGGGCUCAGGGCGGCUAACAGCAAUCAAAUAAUCAAACAAUCAAAUAAUCCAACAUUCUAAAAACAUUUCAUUAUAAAAAUUAAUUAUACAAUCACAUUUAAAUACUUAGAAAAUUAUUUAUAAUUGGAAAUAUAAAAGAUGCAAGUAGAAACAAAAAAUAUGUGCCCUCUUUGUUGGAAUAGAUGUUAAGAUUAUAAGACUUGGCACAUAUGAUAAAACUACUUUUAAGAUUAGAUAAGAUAUGCAAUUGAAAAGUUUUGGUGAGAAAUGGUCCAUCUGUAUAAAAACACACACAGAGAAUAAUACUUUUUAAAGCAUGUAGUCUUUUGUGUUGUUGUUGUUAAGAGUUUUGUCAUUGUGAUUGCAAUGGCACUGUUUGUUUGGAAGAUUUCAAAGGGGUUAUAAUAUCACCAUCUUGAAAGAGGCAGUGAUAUGGCCACUCCUGAAAAAGCCCAAACUGAAACUGACCAAUUGGCUUGUGACAACUACCUCUCUGUUGUCAAUUCCCCCUUUCGAGAGAAGGUGAUUGAGAGGGUUGUGGUACAACAGUCAUAAAUACUCUUGGAUGAAACUGGUGAUCUUGCCCCAUUCCAGUUGGGUUUCAGACCUGGUUAUGGGACUGAAUCAGUCUUGGUUGCCCUGGUGGAUGACCUUAUCAGCAGGACUGGAGGAUUAAAACCUUGUUAGUUUUACUUGAUCUCAGGGACUUCUGAUUCUAUCAGACAUGGUAGCUUCCUGAACCUGCUCCGUGAAAUGGGCAAUGUUUUAAUAUGGUUUGGUUCCCACCUUCAGGGUCAGUUUCAGAGAACAGCGUUGGGUGAUUAUAUCUCGUUCCCCUAGCAGUUCUGCUUCAGGGUGCCUCAGGGUACCAUCCUGUCCCCGUUUCGAUUUAACAUCUACAUGAAGCUGUUGAGAGCUGUCAUCGGUAUGCGGAUGAUACUGAGCUCCAUUUCUCUGUAACAUCUAAAUCAGGAGAAGCCAUGCAAGUUCUGGACUGGUGCCUGGUUUCAGUGGUAAGCUGGAUGAGAGCCAAGGAAUUGACUCUCUGAGUCCUGCCAAGGAGGAGAUGCUGGGGGCGAGCGGUUCCUAAGUCUGGAUUAUUGGUCAAUAGCCUGCUUUGGAUGGGGUCAUACGCCCCUGGAAGGAGAAGGUUCAUAGUUUUGGUGGGCCCUUGGAUCCAUCUCUGUCACUAGAGUCCCAGGCUAUGAGUGCCUUUUUACUAGCUACAGUUUCUGGACCAGGAUAGACUAACCACUGUCGUCCAUGUGCUGCUAACCUCCAGAUUGGAUUCUUCCAAGGUGGGUCUGUCCUUUGGGCUGAUCUGGAAACUGCAGCUAGUGCAAAAUGUAAAGGCGAGUCUACUAACUAGGGGUGGAAUAUUGCCAGUAUAUUGCUGCUGAAAGAAUUGGCUGCCAAUUGGCUACUGGGCUAAGUUCAAGGAGCUGGUACUGAUACAUAAAGCCCUGCAUCCCUUGGAACCAGAAUGCCUAAAAGAUUCUCAUUCCCUUCAUACCCAGCGAACUAAUGCCAGUGUACUGGAAGAAGCAAAGAUCACCAGUGUUGAAGCAAUGAUUCUUCAACAUCGACUUCGCUGGACUGGUCAUGUUGUGCGGAUGCCUGAUUAUUGUCUUCCAAAGCAACUACUCUAUUCUGAACUUAAAAAUGGAAAGCGUAAUGCUGGUGGUCAACGAAAGAGGUUUAAAGACUGUUUUCAAGGCAAAUCUAAAAAAAUGUAGUAUAAACACCAACAAUCAGGAAACACUUGCCUGCGAGCGCUCCAACUGGAGAACAGCCUUUACCAAAGAUGUCAUGGGCUUUGAAGACACUCGAACUCAGGAUGCAAGGGAGAAAUGUGCUAAGAGGAAGGAAUACUUGGCAAAUCCACACCAUGAUCAGCUCCCACCUGGAAACCAAUGUCCCCACUGUGGAAGGACAUGUGGAUCCAGAACUGGCCUCCACAGUCACUUAUGGAAUCAUUGUUAAAACUGUGUUUAUGGAAGACAAUCUUACUUGGCUAUGAGUGAUCGCCGAAGAAGAAGAAGAAGAAGAAGAAGAAGAAGAAGAAGAAGAAGAUAACUGUGUUCUACAGGAGGGCAUCCUAAAAAAAUCCAAUCCUAUCAGGAGGUCCAUUUCAUAUGUCAGAAUUGGGCCUUUAUACAUGCAGUUGCUCCAUAUAUGUUUUUAUUGUAUUGCUCUGGGAUGGCUCAUGGGAAGCAAUUCAUAACCAUAACCAAAUGAAUUAAUGGUAGUUUAGAUUUUCAUAAACGGGAUUGUGCAUGAAUUCAAUGUUUUAAUAGUUUAGUUGGAAAUGUUACCCACUCACACAAACACACCCACACAAAACUUUUGUACAAGACAACUGAAAGUAAGAGAUGAAUAUUACUAAUGUGGAACUGGAUGUGCAGAUCCCGGCUCCAUGAUACUACUUAAUCCACGUUUAUUGUUCCAUCACAAAACUUCUAAAAUUAGAUUCGGUGUCAGCAGAACAAAUAGGGGCUGACUGUUGGCAGACUAAAUAUAGCUUAAGUUGCAAGUUGGGUAUAUGUUGGGGCAAUCACAUGAUAGUUUCAUAAUGUGCCACCAGAGACUUCUCCUAUAAAGGAGAAUGAAUAUGAAGAAGCAAGUGUGUGAGCAGGGCCAAACAGGGCAAUGCUAUUAACGUCUACUCAAACGUAGUCCCAUGGGACAUACUCUCAGGUAAGUCUGUAUACAACUGCAGAUGAUGUACUGCUGUUGUACAACUCCCAUUCAUUUCGGUGGGCCUUCCAGAGGAGAAAUUAUUCACAGGUUGUACUUCAGUUCACAAAACAAGCACAGAUGGGCAAUAGCUGUCAUCACUGAGUUUGAUUCUCUAGGGGUCUUGCUCAUAGUACAGUGGUACCUCGGGUUACAUACGCUUCAGGUUACAUAUGCUUCAGGUUACACACUCCACUAAGCCAGAAAUAGUGCUUCAGGUUAAGAACUUUGCUUCAGGAUAAGAACAGAAAUCGGGCUCCGGUGCCGCGGCGGCAGCAGGAGGCCCCAUUAGCUAAAGUGGUGCUUCAGGUUAAGAACAGUUUCAGGUUAAGUACGGACCUCCGGAACGAAUUAAGUACUUAACCCGAGGUACCACUGUACUUUUUUUCAGUUCACAAUUCACCACCACCACAAGCACUACAAUUCUAUGAAUGAGGGGGUUGGUGCUGUGCUGUUUUGGUUGUGAUUGUAUGUAUACAUACAACAUAUAAUGAUCUAUUUAAUCCUAUAAAUGCUUAAAUGUUUUUAAAUGAUUAGGGUCCCCCCCCCAUGUUUUAGUUGUUCUUUUAUCUGUAAACUGGGAAGAAGGCUGGGUAUAAACAAAUACAUAACAAAAUCAGAGAAUUGCAUAAUUGGAAGCGACCCCGAGGGUCAUACAAUACAGUAAUAAUAUUAGCAAACUUGCACAGGGUGGGGGUGGAGGAAGGGAACUUCACCUGCUGAACUUCUGCCUGUCUAGUUGUUGUUAAAGGAAAUGUGUGUCUCUGUGUGGUGUGUUUUUUUUAAAGGCAAUCCUUACUGACACAAUUCACCAUUCAUCGGCAAAACCAGCCAUUAGAUUCGUUGCAAAGAAAUCCAUAAAGCUGAGCGGGGCGGGGAGAGAACCGUCUAUCUCUACAGCGCAGCUUAGAACAACCCCAAAAUACGUUUUUGUUUUGUUUUGUUUUUUUAAAGUGAAGGGCUUCCCAUCUCCCCAUUGCUUAUUCCAGCCCUGUAAUGCGCGCGACCGCAUCUCUUCUGCUGGGUUACCAUAGAAAUAGAGGCACGGCCAGAGAUGGUUGCAUUCAGCGAAGUGGCCGAGGAGCGAGGGCUUGAUUGGUCGGUCGCCGCAGUAGAGGAGUGGCGGAGGGUCAAGGAGAGGUGAGCUCAUGCGGGGGGCGGGCGAGCCGGAGCUGGCAAAAUGCGCGCUGCAAAGGGGGCCGUUGCUGAUUAGAGCCCUGGAUCGCCCCCCCUUCUCUCUCUCUCUCUCUCUCUAAAUGGAAGCGUUUAAGCAGCGAUCUUUACAGAGACAACGCCGGCCCUCCGUUUUAACUCGCACGUGCCCGAGUUGCAUGAGGAGCCUUUGAAUGGGUCUCGACCGCAUGACACCUAGCGCCCUCGCGGGGGUACUGCAACCCUGCAGCGAAGGGGACGGCAGCGAGGGGCUGGUCCAACCUUCCAUCAAUCGCGGAAUUGCAAGAGUUGGAAAGGGACCCUGGGGGUCAUCUAGCGCAACCCGCUCCAAAUGCAGGAAUCUUUCACCCAACGUGGGGCUCGAACCCACGACCUUGAGACUAAGAGGCUCUUAGCUCUACCUAGUGAGCUAUCCUGAGUUCAUUCCUGGCCUCCAUUUACCUGAUGAAUACACCCCCGCUGCUUAAUAUCAGCUCCCGUUGCGGUUCAGGCCCAGGCACAACCCAUCUUUCUGCAUAGCAAGACCCUUUGAAGUGGAAAGUUAAGACGUUUUUGAAGCUUAAAAUAAAACUAAAAAUGCAGAGCUCUGGAAAAAAGCACCGCCUCACAUUUUAGGCACCAAAGCUGCAGAGCUUUAUAGACUUACCUGGGAGUAAACCUAGUUGAGCACACUGUAGGACCUGCUUCCUAGUAAAUAUGCAUGGGGUUCGUUGGGUUCAAUAGGGUUUACUACCAAGUAGACCCGGAUAUUGGACACGGGUGGCGCUGUGGGUUAAACCGCAGAGCUUAGGACUUGCCGAUCAGAAGGUUGCGGUUCGAAUCCCUGCGAUAGGGUGAGCUCCCGUUGCUCGGUCCCAGCUCCUGCCAACCUAGCAGUUCAAAAGCACGUCAAAGUGCAAGUAGAUAAAUAAGUUCCACUCCGGCAGGAAGGUAAACGGCGUUUCCGUGCACUGCUCUGGUUUGCCAGAAGCGGCUUAGUCAUGCUGGCCACAUGACCCGGAAGCUGUACACUGGCUCCCUCGGCCAAUAAAGCGAGAUGAACGCCACAACCCCAGAGUCGUCCGCGACUGGACUUAAUGGUCAGGGGUCCCUUUACCUUUACCUUGUGCCUGGACAUUCUGACCUAGGGCAAGCCCCAUUGAACUCGGUGGGGCUUACUUCUGAGUAGAUGAUUGAUUGCAUUUAUAACCCACUUUUCCUCCAAGGAGCUCAAAGUGAGGUAGGUUAGGCUUGUAAAGAAUCACACCAUUACUAGGCUUAUUUAUGGGCAGCAGGGAGAGCUUUUCCUGUUACCAGGUGUUUUGAAAACGGGCGGGGGGGGGGGAGAGAUUAGUUCCGAAAGGCAGUUUCCUACAAUUAUUUUAACCAGCAAAAUAUUUGUGCUGCAAGGUGAGUUUAAAGCAUUUGACUGACUGGAGUCAGGAUUUUUUGAUUUAUUUUUUUAAUAAACUAAAGCACCUUGAUUUUCUUAUUGAAGGCUGUGGGAUGUUUUCUGAAUGGGCUGUAAUUUCCACUCCAUAGAUCAAUAGGUCAAAGAUCAGAGAUAGUUUUGUUGCUGCUACUGUUGUUUUUGGAACUUGAAUGGGAAAUUCGGGGAGGAAAAGAGAGGAGAGUUUCUCGCCAGAGCUAGGGGCUGCAAGCUCUGAGUAGAAGCAGCACCAGAAACUGUCCUCUGGGGAUCCGCUGAGGUAGUUCCUGUUUGCCCUUGAUGUUGCUCUGCUUGCAUAUUUGUAAAUAAAGCAAAUAUUACAAUACCACCCUGCGCAUGUGUAUGUGUGAUCUCCAAUACUAUCUCAUCUAAGAACGAAACUGAAACCAAUGAUCCUGUCUCUGGAACUUCUCUCUGGCCAGAAGUAGGCAGAUGUACACCAUACCUUUCAAGCACAUUCAAUGCGCAUUUCAAGCACAUGCCUUGCCCCCAAAGCAUCCUGGGAAGUGUAGUUUGCUAAGGAUGCUGGGAACUGUAGUUGAUUGAGGAGGAAAACCACAGUUCUAAGGGUUCUUUGGGGGACACCAUGAGCUCUAGAAGCACAUUCGAUGUGCUCUAAAUGUAUGGUGUAGAUCUGGCCGUCGUAACACUUGUUUGGGAGUAAAGCAAUUCAAAUUGGGGUCAGCUGAGGUUAGGGUAAAGGCAUGGCCCUAUACCAGCCUUCACUAACUUUCUUCCCCCCUGCCAGAUGUUUUGGACAACUCCCAUCAGCCCCAGCUGUGAAGUGAAUCCUUCCUUCUGCCUGCCCCUGGACCUGCUGGGCUGCCAGAAUGAGCAUGCACCCUUCGCUGUGAACUGUGAGCUCCUGUUUGGCCAGUUACCUUGGCUAAAGCCUUGCAAGAGUUAGGGCAGCAUCUCUGCAGAGCCUGCAACACAUAGUGGGUCCCAACACUGUGGGAUGUAGCAGCAGGGUGUACGUGCAUGUGAGUGUGUGUCUUGUUGCAAAACGGCUUAGGCAGGCCUUGACCUCUAAGACACUCUAUGGCAGAGCUUUCCAAACUUUUCAUGUUGGUGACACACUUUUUAGACGUGCAUCAUUUCGCGACACAGUCAUUCAGUUUUACUAGCAAACUGGAGGUUAAACUAACCUCUUUCCAGAUCUGGGAGGAGCACAGGGAGUGUUUGCACGACAAACCUACACACUGCAGCCAACACACUAAAGCAGAGGUUUUCAACAUUUUUGGGUCCACGGCUCCCUUGACCAACUACAUUAUUUCUGCGGCACCCCUGUGGGGCUCAGGAGCCCAGUUAUGUCACCCCUUGCCUGCAGAGCUGGCAGCCCCUCACUCUUUUUCAAACACCCUCCCUUGUGGAGGGUUCCCUCAGCCUCCUCUCCUCUCCCCUCUCCUUGGGAGUCCUCUGGGCAGCCGCUGCUGCCACCCCUGGUCUCUCAGCUGCCCCACUGCAAAGAGAGGUGCCUCCUCACACUGCCCCACAGGGGCCUGGGAAGCACACCCUUGCCAGCCUCUGAUCAGCCUGGGAAGCUUGUAGCCAGGGCUGCUGCAACAAACAUCUUUGCAAGCCUUUGGGAGGCAGAGAUGCGAGAGGGCAUCAGAGGAGGGAGGGAAGGAAGGAAGGAGGGACAGAGGCCAGUGUUGCCCACGGCACCACUGACCAUCAUUCAAGGCACCCCAGGGUGUCACGACACACUGGUUGAAAACCACUUGGUUGAAAACCAGUGCACUAAAGGGUCACGGCACACAGUUUGGGGAGCUCUGCUCUAUAGAUUUUUCUGCAGCAGGCUAACAUAGCUAUCCCUCUGGCAGUUGUAAACCAAAUGUAUAUUCCAAAUAAUAUAGGGGCUACCAGCAUAUUUUAUGAUGCAGAAAUGCAACAACAACACUUAUGGAGUGAAAACAUCCACAUUUCCCCCCAUUCGUCUUCAAAUGAAUGAAUGCUGAAGCCAUGCUUAGAUUUAACAAGAGCUCUUCAGACGGAUCUUAACCUUACAAAAGUAAACAAAAGAAAAGUAAUAAAUGGGGCCAAUCUAUCUACCUAUCUCUUCAGUGCUGAGGAAUCUGAUUACCCAACAUAUUAAAAGCAUGACGACAGCUCGGUUAUUGCUUUUUCCAAGCUGCAGAUUGAGAGAUUUUGUAAGAUUGUUUGAAAAGGAAACAGUGGGGCGUGGAAGUCGUAUUUGUUUGCUACAUUUGCACCCCACCUUUCCUAUAAAGAGCUUGAGGUAUUGCACAUGUCCCACACCCUCCUAAUUUAUUCUUGGAAGGACCCUGUGGUUGGGCUGAGAGACAGUGAUAGGCCCAAGAUCAUAGUCAUCUUCGCAGCUUGGUGAAGAUUUCAACCCUGGUCUCCCCUGUCCUAGUCAUAGCUGUCAACCGUCCCUUAUUUGGCGGAAAAGUCCCAUUUCCCAGCGCCGUGUCCCACUGCUGUCCCUUAUUGAUGAUGUCCCUUAAAUUUCCCGGGUUUCAAAGGAAGCAGCUCCUCUCCUUCCCUGCCUGCCGGCCAGGGAGGAGGGAGGCUCCAACUGUGUUGCUUGGCUGCGUUGCUCACCCAAUAAGGAGUCUAAGAACGACUGGGGGGGUGGAGCUUGCAUGCCUUGCGCCGAUCAAAUCGGCCGCAUUGUCUGGGGACUCGCCUUUGCUGAAUGCUUCCCAGUGGAGAUGUGACGUGGUUUCCUUGCUUCAUCCCCUUUGCCGGGUUGCUGCGCUGUGGGAACCACCGCUUGAGGCUUUGUUUGGCUGCUGGUUGACUAAAAUCCCUUAUUUUGGCUGCUGAUCCCUUAUUUUCAAAUCUGUAAGUUGACAGCUAUUGUCCUAGUCCAACACUCUCUAAUGUGGUCUCCUCAAUAUGUUGUGGACUACUAGCUCUGUUAUGCUGGGUGGGGCUGAUGUGAGUUCUAGUCCAGAAGAUCAGGAGGUUACCACCUGUCCUUACUUUAACCUCUGCACCAGGCUGGCUCAGAGGGGCCUAAUGUGAUUUUAUUCACAAAACUUCCACUCUUAAUAUCCAGUAUUGACAAUAAAGGGUUAAUACGGAGUUAUACAAAAAUACCAGCCAGGAGGGACAGGUGUUUGAAAAUGGAAGUCAUCAAACAGAGGAAUGUCAUUGGAUAAAAAGACACUCUGUGUAGGGGAAAUCGAGGACACUGGAUUAUGUUGCGGAAAAAGAAAUAAAUUAGAGAUACAAGUAUUGAAGGCUUCUAAACAAAUAUGCCUAGAUGGCGUGGGAUGCCUCUAAUAGGCAGUCCUUGAGAGCUGGGUAGAGCGGAGCUACUGCUGCUGCUUUAAUUCUUAUUAUUAUUUUGGCAGGAUAGUAAAUAAAUAGUCCAUUCCAGGUUGGCUUAUGUGGGAAGACCUGCUGGCCUGACCAUUGGCAAGGGUCUCUUUUCGGGCUCCAUUUUGAACCCCAGGCUCCAUCUUUGAAUGCAUAAGCAGCUCCCUGGCUUCUAAAGGCUGCAGGUACACUUUUAAUAGCUGAGUAUAAGAGGCAAUUUCAGCAGGUGUUGCUUGCAGAAUCAUCAUUUCUUCAUUGCAAUUAUUCCCACCUUCUCCCCACCCCCGCACAAUGAAAUGUUUUCCCCUUACAUGCUCCUUAAAUCUCUUCUGGGGUUUUCCCCAACCCUCCAGAUCAGAUUUAAGGAUUGAUCAAAUCAAUCAUUGCAAAUCUUGGACAAAAUGGACUGUUUCAAGAAAUGGCAGAGAGACAUUUCUAGAUUUGUCUGGCAGGGCAAGAAGCCCAGAAUAAAAUUUAAAAUAUUAACUGAUGCAAAGGACAGAGGUGGAUUUGCCCUGCCAGACCUCAAAUUUUAUUAUGAAUCAGCAGCAUUCUGCUGGUUGAAAGAAUGGCUGCUUCUUGAGAACACAGACAUUUUGGAUUUAGAAGGUUCAAUAAUGUUUUUGGGUGGCAUGCAUAUCUGUGGUAUGACAAGGUUAAAGCACAUAAAGCAUUUAAAAACCAUAUUGUCCGGAAAGCAUUGUUAAAUGUCUGGAUAAGAUAUAAGGACUUACUUGAAAACAAAACCCCAAGGUAGUUGUCACCGAUGGAAGCAAAGACUCAGAAAAGGCUCAAUAUGGAGGCCAAAUGGCCGAAAUAUUGGGAAAUUUUGGAACAAGAAGGAGACAAAUUGAAAUUGCAGAGUUUUGAGAAAUUAAAAGACAAAGUGCGAGACUGGCUUCAUUACUAUCAGAUAAUGGAGGCAUACAAUUUGGAUAAGAAAAUUGGCUUCCAGGUGGAAAAAUCAAAACUAGAAACAGAACUGUUAGAACCCAAAACUAAGAUUUUGUCAAAGAUGUAUAACUUGCUGUUGAAAUGGAAUACUCAGGAUGAAACGGUGAAAUCUGCUAUGAUUUAAUGGGCACAAGAUGUUGGACAUAAUAUUAUGUUUGCUGACUGGGAACAGUUGUGGACCACAGGUAUGAAAUUUACGGCAUGUAAUGCCCUAAGAGAGAAUAUUAUGAAAAUGAUAUACAGGUGGUACAUGACACCAGUCAAGCUUGCAAAAAUCUAUCAUUUGCCCGAUAAUAAAUGUUGGAAAUGUAAAGAAAAUGAAGGUACAUUCUUUCACCUUUGGUGGAUGUGCCCAAGGAUUAAGGUUUUCUGGGAGAUGAUCUAUAAUGAAUUGAAAAAGGUAUUUAAAUAUACCUUCUUGAAGAAACCAGAGGCCUUUCUCCUGGGCAUAGUCGGCCAAUUGGUGCCAAAGAAGGAUAGAACUUUUUUUAUGUAUGCCACAACAGCAGCAAGAAUACUCAUCGCAAAGUAUUGGAAGACACAAGAGCUACCCCCUUGGAAGAAUGGCAGAUGAAGGUGAUGGACUAUAUGGAACUGGCGGAAAUGACUGGCAGAAUCCGAGACCAGGGAGAAGAGUUGAUGGAAGAAGACUGGGAAAAGUUUAAAGACUAUUUACAGAAAUAUUGUAAAAUCAAUGAAUGCUAGAAUGAUGUUGGAUAGAAAUUAAGUGGUCUUUAGCUGAAAUGUCACAAGGGAAUAUGAAAAAUGGAUUAUUAAUAGGUAAAAAUUUAAAAUUACAAUACUUUAUGAUUAAUGACUAGGAUAUACAAAGAGGGAGGGAUUUGCUGAACUAACAAAUUGAACUGGUAUUCUUAUAUGGGAGGCGUGAGGAGGUCCGGGAAAUAAGCAAAUGAAGGAUAAGUAAAGGAAAGAAUGAAUUGUUUUUAAUCAUUUUUAUUUUGCAUUUUUCUUUUUUCUUUUUUUUAUCUUGUAAUACUCUGAAAAUCUUAAUAAAUAUCUUAUUAAAAAAAAAAAAACAGAUCAGAUUUAAGGAUGGUACAGAACUCACAUGGGGAGGAGCGGAUGGGAAUCCUGUUGCACCAGCACUAAGCCUUGUGCUCGUGCAGCUAUUCCGUUGCAUACUGCCCCGUGUCUGCUGAAGGGUUCAGUAUGUGGUCGAUUUCCUACACCAUGACAUAGCUGUCAAGCGAAUUACAGCGCAAGAAUGAAUCACACCUCAAACCCUUCUACAGGGCCAGGGCUAGUCUUAGCGCUGUCACCAUUCCCAAAUAUUGGGCUGUAUACUAAAAUUCGCCCAAGACAUUUUGCUGCCUGAGGCAAACGACAAGAUGAUGGCUCCUCGCAUUUCAUGUACAAAAACUGACUGGAAUUGUAGCUGAAUCAUACUUGGAUGCUGUCAACGUUGUCUUCUGCUGCACCUGAAGGCAGCAGGCUAGCUUAGGAGAAGCAGAGCAAGGCAUUGUACGCACACAGUUCCCUCCUCUUCCCAUCCCUCAGUAUCCAGGAGCUGACUCACUCUGCCUAAUGGGAGGGCCGGCCCUGAGCCACACAGGAAUGGAGAAGGACCACCAUGCAGUUGCUCCCAUCAUCUCACAAAUGUAUAAAUGACUUGAGACUCUGACUGCAGGCAAGGUCAACAUUAAGGGCUGUUUAUUAUGGUUUAUUAUUUAUCUUGUUUAUUACACUGAUAUCUUUCCUAUCCUCCAAGGAGCUCAAGGCAGCGUACAUGAUUCUCCCACUCCUCAGUUACGCCCAACAACAACCCUGUGAGGUAGGUGAGGCGGGGAGGCAGUAAUUGGCCCAAGGUCACUCAGUGGGUGGGGAUUUGAACUGUGGUCUCCCAGGUCUUAGUUUGAUACUUAUAAUCACUACACCACACUGGCUGUUGAAGAAAUGCCUUGACUGGAUGCAUACAGGUUUAUUAAGCUGUGAUCAUUUACAUCAGGGGUCAGCAAACUUUUUCAGCAGGGGCCCGUCCACUGUCCCUCAAACCUUGUGGAGGGCCAGACUAUAUUUUUUUGGGAGGGAGGGGAAAUGAACGAAUUCCUAUGCCUCACAAAUAACCCAAAGAUGCAUUUAAAAUAAAAGCACACAUUCUAGUCGUGUAAAAACACCAGGCAGGCCCCACAAAUAACCCAGAGAUGCAUUUUAAAUAAAAGGACACAUUCUACUCAUGUAAAAACACACUGAUUCCUGCACCGUCCGCGGGCCGGAUUUAGAAGGCGAUUGGGCCUUAGUUUGCCUACCCAUGAUUUACAUCAUCAUUUUAUUUCCAGGUUAAGAAAGGAAUAGCUCUCCUUUCAAAAUUUUUGUGAUUAUCCCACACCCCAGAUGUUUGCUUUCCACUCCAGAUUUGAUUAUUCAUCUAUUAAUCCCCAUCCCCACCCAAGCAACUGCCAAUUUAGGAAAUACUCAGAGAGGACAGUAAACCUCCUACAUCCCCAGUGUAAGCAUUUUUUAUUUUGACAAAGCAGUAGAAUGAAGCAGAUCAAAACAUUGACUGCAGUAAAUUGUUAAGAGGAUGAAAACAGCAAGCUUUUGGUGUGCUUUGGAGGAGCUGGUGAAAGGCAGAGAAUCUAUUUUGGGUGCAGUUAAAAUUAAUAGGAUACAUUUCAGUUUCCUCUGUGUAUAUAAUUUCCCUUUAAAUCUUAGCUCGUUGCUCUCCGACUGUCUGUGCAACACAGAAAUUAUUCUUAGACUACUUAUUAUUCUAGCAGACUUCUCACCUCUAUUCAGUGUGACUCAUGGCUGGUUUACACCUGUAUAUUCAUAAAACUAGAUGACAGCUGCAUUGUAUGUUGAUCUAAGUGUGUGAAUGAACCGUCGCAGAUCUAAAACCUUAGACAAAUCUUUUAAUAUCAGGCAGUGCCACGCCUCCUUAAAAACAGCCCUGAAGUCAAUCCUCACAGUCAGCUGCUAGUCAAGUAACACAGAGCUAUGUGUGAACCAGCCUUUAACAGGUUCUCAAAGACUUAUUGGCUCAAGCAGCCCAAAGUGCCUUUAAGUGCAUUAAACAGUGUUGUUGUUUUCUAUCCAUGAUCCACAACCCUUUCAAAAGUGAACAUCGGUGGUCUCCAUCAUCUUAAGGUGAACUUCUCUCUUCGGUUAGGUACCACAACAUUGUUGACCACAUAGCAUAUUUUACUUUCAUUUAUUGUCCUGUGUUUAUACAGUGGUACCUCGGGAUGUGAACGAGAUCCGUUCCAGAGCCCCGUUCGCAUCCUGAACAGAACGUAAGAUGUGACAGCUUGUCUGCACAUGCGCAGGUCGUGUUUUGCCACUUCCACGCAUGCGUGUGACGUCAUUUUGAGUGUCUGCGCAUACGCGAGCGGCGAAACCUGGAAGUAACACCCUCUAUUACUUCCGGGUUGCUGUGGAGCACAACCCGAAAGCGCUCAACCUGAAGCACAUUCAACCCGAGGUAUGACUGUAUCUCAAUUCUUCUUCCUGAACUUUUUUUUUUUUUUUUUAAAGCAAUUUAUUGGGUUUUACAAUAGGAAUAAGUGUAAUAAACAAUAUAUCAUUCAUCUUAACAUAAUUUCACCUUUUCUUUGGACUUCCUCACAUCUCCCGCUCCCACCUUCAUCAUUAUAACAUUUUGUCAGCAAUUUAUCAUCUUAUUUAAGUUCUUAUAUCUCUUUGAUAUUUCAUAAUCUUAAAGUUCUCAUAAAGAGUUAAACUUUCACAGUUUUUCUUACUUUCUUAAAAACUUCUAAGUUAAGUGGUGCUCAGUUAUUUAGUCUAGCAUCUUAUUCAGCAUUCAGUCAAAUCACAAUGUUUUUGUAGAUAGUUCUUAAAUUUCUUCCAAUCCUCCUCGAUUCUCUCUUCUCCCAGGUCACGGAUUCUGCCAGUCAUUUCAGCCAGUUGCAUAUAGUCUAUCAGUUGCAUCUGCCAUUCUUCCAGUGUGGGUAGAUCUUGAGUUUUCCAAUGUUUUGCGAGUAGUAUCCUUGCUGCUGUUGUUGCAUACAUGAAAAUGUCUGAUCCUUCUUUGCCACCCCUUGGCUGACAAUACCCAAAAGGAAAGCCUCUGGUUUCUUAGUGAAAGUAUAUUUAAAUACCUUUUUCAAUUCAUUAUAAAUCAUUUCCCAGAACGCCUUCACUUUAGGGCAGGUCCACCAGAGGUGAAAGAACGUUCCUUCACACUCUUUACAUUUCCAGCACUUGUUAUCAGACAGGUGGUAAAUUUUUGCGAGUUUGACUGGGGUCAUAUACCAUCUAUAAAUCAUUUUCAUUACAUUUUCUUUCAAAGCAUUACAUGCAGUGAAUUUCAAUCCAUUACUCCACAGCCUUUCCCAGUCCUCAAACAUAAUGUUAUGCCCAAUAUCCUGUGCCCACCUUAUCAUAGCCGAUUUAACCAUUUCAUCUUGUGUAUUCCAUUCCAACAGCAAGUUAUACAUCCUUGAAAGUAUCUUAGUCUUUGGUUCUAACAAUUCUGUUUCUAAUUUCGAUUUCUCCACCUGGAACCCUAGUUUCUUAUCAUUUUUAAAAACUUCUUUAAUCUGAGCAUAAUGUAACCAAUCUCGCACUUUGUCUUUCAUUUUCUCCAAACUCUGCAAUUUCCAAUUGUCUCCAUCUUUUCUAGUAUUUCCCAAUAUUUUGGCCAUUUGGCCUCCAUAUUGGGUCUUUUUCGGGCCUUAGCUUCCAAAGGUGAAAGCCACCUUGGUGUUUUAUUUUCCAGCAAGUCUUUAUAUUUUGUCCAGACAUUAAACAGUGAUUUUCUAACAAUAUGGUUCUUAAAGGCCUUAUUUGCUUUAACUUUGUCAUACCAUAAAUAUGCAUGCCAUCCAAAAACAUUGUUAAACCCUUCCAAAUCCAACACAUCAGUGUUUUCAAGAAGUAGCCAAUCUUUUAGCCAGCAGAACGCUGCGGCUUCAGUAAUACAACUUUAAGUCCGGCAGGGCAAAGCCCCCUCUUUGUUUUGCAUCAGUUAAUAUCUUAAACUUAAUUCUGGGCUUUUUGCCCUGCCAGACAAACUUCGAAAUGUCUCUCUGCCACUUCUGAAAGCACUCCAUUUUGUCCAACACCUGAAGUGUUUGAAAUAAAAACAACAUUCUUGGCAAUACAUUCAUCUUAAUCGCAGCAAUUCGGCCUAACAAAGAAAGUUUCAAUUUUGACCAACUGUCUAAGUCUCUCUUAAUUUCUGUCCAACAUUUUUCAUAGUUAUCCUUAAAUAGACUUAGAUUUUUUGCUGUUAUGUUUACCCCUAGGUAUUUUACUUUUUAACCACAUUAAGUUCCGUCUCAUUCUGAAACCGUUCUGACUCUGUCUCAGUCAAAUUUUUUCCCAAAACCUUGGUUUUCUGUUUAUUUAAUUUAAAUCCCGCCACCCGACCAAAGUCAUUAAUCAGUUGUAAUACUCUUUUCGUACUAGGCUCUGGCUUCUGCAAGGUCAAAACCAGGUCAUCUGCAAAAGCUUUUAGUUUAUAUUGUUUCUGACCAACCUGAAUUCCUUCCACCAACUGGUCUCCUCUAAUCAUGUUCAAUAGCACUUCCAGAACCGAAAUAAAUAACAAAGGGGAGAUAGGGCAGCCUUGUCGUGUCCCUUUUUCAAUUUUGAACUCUUCUGUAACCACAUUAUUAACUAUCAGUUUAGCUUUCUGUUCUGAAUAUAUCGCCUCAAUCCCAUUCUCAAAACCCCGUCCCACUCCCAUCUCUUUUAAGUUUCCCAUCAUAAAUUUCCAAGAAAUAUUAUCAAAGGCCUUCUCCGCAUCUAUAAAAAUUAAAACUGCUUUUGUAUUUAUGUCAGUUUGGAGAAGUUCCAAAAUAUCAAUAAUGUUCCUUGUGUUAGCAAACAGAUGUCUACCUGGGAGAAAACCGGCCUGGUCCUUAUGAAUUACUUCAUUUAAAACUUUUUAAAUCUACUUGCCAAAAUAUCUGCAAAUAUUUUGUAAUCCACAUUUAAAAGGGAGAUGGGACGGUAGUUCUUCAGUUGUGUCUUUUCAGCUUCUGACUUUGGUAUCAAUGUGAUAAACGCUUCCUUCCACGAAUCGGGUGACAUCUUCCCUCCAUAAUUUCAUUGCUAACCUCCAUCAAAGGUUGUAUCAAAUAGUCUUUUAGUGUCUUAUAAUACUUGGAGGUCAGCCCGUCUGGCCCUGGAGAUUUGCCGAGUUGCAUGUUCUGAAUAGCUUGUUCAAUCUCCUGUCGUGUUAUUUUAGAGUUCAGGGUUGUCCUAUUUUCUUGUGACAGUUUAGAUAAUCCAUUUUUUGCCAAAAAUUGUUUAAUCUCAACUUCGUCUUGCGGCCCUUGGGUAUAUAGUUUUUUAAAAUAUCUCUGGAAACACUUUCUAAUGUCCACUGGAUUCUGGAUGUUUCUUCCAUCAACCUCUAAAUUUGUAACCGUAUUUAAUCUUUGUCUUCUCUUCAACUGCCAAGAUAGCAGUUUUCCACAUUUAUUCGCCGACUCAAACGUUUUUGUUUCAUUAAUUUAAUCUUCCAUUCAAUUUCCUGAUUUAUCAAUUUAGAAUAUUGUGUUUGAUACAGUUUAAUUUCUCUCAGAGUUGGCUGUGACUUUGGAUUCACUCUUAAUUUCUUCUCUAAUUCUUUUAUUUUAUCCAAAAUCUUGUCUUUUUCUCAUUUUGUGUUUUUUUCUUUGCUACAUUCUGUUGUAUCAGGAAUCCCCUCAUGACAGCUUUGCUUGCGUCCCAGACGAUUCUUUUUCCACCGAAUUGUUCAUGUUUAUCUCGAAAUAGUCUUUCAAAACUUUUUGGGCCUUCUUGGUAAUUUCCUGAUCUCUAAACAAAUUGUCAUUCAUCUUCCAUCUAAAGGAUCCAGUUGGUAGUAGUGUCAUAUCCAUCUUUACUGCGUUGUGGUCAGAGCAGGUCUUUGGGCAGAUUUCCACUUUUCUAACCCUAGGUGCCAGGCCUCUAGAGAUCCAUAUUUGGUCGAUUCUUGUCCAGGUCAGUUGGGCUUCAGAAAAGAAUGUUCCUUCUCUACCUAGUGGGUUCUUUGUUCUCCAAAUGUCAAUCAAGUCCAUAUUGUCAGUCAUUUCAAAAAGGUUUUAGGUAGUCUGCCAUCUUUUGUGACAUUUUGACUUUGCGACUUGUCCAUGUUAGUUGACACGACCCUGUUCAUGUCUCCCAUCAUUAUGAUGUUGUUGUAAUCCAGAUGAUCCAGCAUUGUCCCCUGCAACUUCUUGUAAAAUUCCGAUUUCCCUUCAUUGGGCGCAUAGAUUCCUAAUAUCAGCAGUUUCUCUCCUUGAUAUUGUAUCUCAAUAGCCAAAAUCCUUCCAUGUUCAUCUUUAAAUAGAAAUUUAGGUGACAGGCUCUCUUUUGCAUAUAUCACCACUCCUCUCUUCUUCACUUUGUCCGACGAAAUAAAUUCCUGGCCCAAUCUUUUAUUUAUUAACACUUUUCUGUGGAGCCUCGUCACAUGUGUUUCUUGUAAACAAAUAAUGUCCAAUUGUUCUUUUUUUUAAUAUAUGGAAUAUUUUCUUCCUUUUCUCCGGAAUAUUGCAACCAUUAAUAUUCCAGCUCAACAGUUGCAGAGACAUCCUGGAUCUGUCUGGUUAUUUCUCCCGGGGUGGUGUCUUCUCUGGGUCUUCAAGCUCCCCGGGUGGAGGUAUUGACGCUGGCUUUGCCCCAGGCCCGGAAGGUAGUUCAAUUCCUUUAUGUAGGUCCUCUCCGUAUGUAGCCAGAAAUUUAUCUCUCUCUUCCAAUGUUCUAAUUUUGACCUUUCUCGCUCUAAAGGUAAAAGAUAAUCCUUGGGGAAAUUCCCACCUGAAUGGAAUUGCGUUGCUCCUUAGUAGUUUAGCAAGUUCAGAGUAGGGGGCUCUAAGGUCCAACAGUUGUCUUGGGAUAUCUUUAUAUAUCUCAAUUCUUCUAUCCAAAACCUCCAGUGACUUUUCGUAAUGUAGACCCAAAAUCUUAUCCCUUUCCUCCUUCGAUCUCAAUGUAAUCAAACAAUCCCUGGGCCUCUCCUUCUUUAUAAAUCUUCCAAGUCUGAAAGCUGACACGAUUUUAAAGUCCUUUUCUUCCAAAUUCCAGAACUUGGAAAGUUCUUUGGUCAAAAACUCAGUUAGAUUUCCUUCUUCUGCCUCUUGUAAUGAUCUAAUCCUCAAAUUGUUCUCACGAUUUCGCAGUUCUAUCAUAGAAAGAUAAGUCUGAUGUUCCCCAACUUGUUUAGUGAGUGGUCUUACCUCUUGCUCUAAAUUUUCCAAUUUUUGUCUGGUAUCCUCAGCCAAUUUUCGAUUUUCUACUGAGGCCUCCGUCAACUGUCCAAUUGCUUGUGUAUUCUGUCCCACCUGUGUAGUUAAUUUGUUUAGACAGUCUGUAUUUUUAUCAAUCUUUGCUGAUUGCGCAUCUACUUUCUUGUCCAAAGCUUCCAAUUUUUCAAAAAUUUUUUCUAGCACAGAAACAGAUGAUCCUGAGGCCAUAUCUUCCAAUUGUAACUGCUCUGCUUCACCCUCUCCCUCUUUUGCCUGUGGCAAGUCAGCUUCUUCAAGUUGUACUUCUGAGGGCAAAGUAGGCACAGAUGAUCUACGUGUCUGCGAGGCUGAGGUUAGAUUUGUUAGAGUUGUUUGUCUAACUCUUCCUCUUCUUCUUGUACCACUCAUUCCAAUGUUAUCUAUAAGUCAAGGUCACACUGAGUUUUUCCCACAGGAAUAGAGAGGCCCAGAGCAAGCAAACAACAAGGGAAUCGAAAGUAAAUGUAUUUGUAAAGUCACUGUUUUAAUCCAAUCCUCUAGAGGGAGCUUAAGAUGUCUUUCAGAGUCUGAUUUAAUGUCCCAGAACCUUCCAAUAUAAGUAUUAAGCAGAGUUUAAAAGUAAUCACUUUGUUGCAGACAGUGCUUAUUUGUCUCCAAAAAGAAUGUUUCAAAUUUAAAAGGUCUCAAUACCCUCAGAUUGUUGCAACUUCUAAUAUACAGUAUCCAAAUCAACACUGACAGCUCGCUCUUACAGUGCUCAAGCAGUCCUGACUCUGGGUUUCACCUUCCAAUUUGUAAUCCAAUAAAAGGGGGAAAGUCAAGUACAAAUAAAAGAUCCAAAUCUUUAAAUUACUAAUUUUACUUUAAAUUGUAAGUUCCAUAGAUGCUUGGCUGUGUAGAGUUUAAAGUCUCUUUCUUUCAGCCUCCACUCCUCCGCCUUAGUUGCUUUUUUUCCAAGUUCAAUGGCAGCGGAAGACGGACUUCCUGUUUCCACGUCUCUCCGCUUUCAGCCAAAUUCAAGCCAAAUUUAACCUUCUCAUUUAAAAUUUGUAAUUCCAAGUGAUUCAGUCUUUACUCACGAGUAAGUUGUUUUCUUCCAGGUCCGAAUUUUAACAGGAAAAGGGAUCAGCGCUCACCGGCAGCAGCAGCGCGGCUUCACUCCGCUGACUGUGAAACGGCUCACAGCGCCGCAACCCCCCUCCACGCUCCGGAGCCCCUUACGAGGCUCCUUCUGCAGUUGGAGGGCUGCUCUUGGCGCCCGCCGAGCCUCAGGACCCCAGGCUCUUGCUGCCUGGGGUUUUCCUCGUUGGGUCUCCGCUUCGCCGUAGCGGACGACCCGAUUUCAGCGGAGCCUCUUCUCCCGUCGGGAGAAGACCGCCAUUGCCGUUCGCGCCGCCCCCCGGAAGUCCUCUUCUUCCUGAACUUAGGCUGGGAGAACCAAAUGCACAAAUAUAAGACAGGGGACACAUGGCUUACAAGCAGUACGUGUGAAAAGGAUCUUGGGGCAUAACAUGAGUCAACAUGAGGCAAUAAAAAGCUAACACUAUGCUGUUGUUGUUUAGUCGUUUAGUCGUUUAGUCUGACUCUUCGUGACCCCAUGGACCAGAGCACGCCAGGCACUCCUGUCUUCCACUGCCUCCUGCAGUUUGGUCAAACUCAUGCUGGUAGCUUUGAGAACACUAUCCAUCCAUCUCGUCCUCGGUCGUCCCCUUCUCCUUGUGCCCUCCAUCUCUCCCAACAUCAGGGUCUUUUCCAGGGAGUCUUCUCUUCUCAUGAGGUGGCCAUUGGAGUCUCAGCUUCAGGAUCUGUCCUUCCAGUGAGCAACACUAUGCUAGGCUGCCUCAACAGAAGUCUAGUGUCCAGAUCAAGGGAAGUCAUAGUACCACUCUAGUCUGCCUUGGUCAGACCACACCUGGAAUACUGUGUGCAAUUCUGGGCACCACAAUUUAAGAAGGAUGUUGUCGAGCUGGAAUGUGUACAAAGGAGGGCAACCAAGAUGGUCAAGGGUCUGGAAACCAAGCCUUAUGAGGAAUGGUUGAAGGAGCUGGGUAUGUUUAGCCUGAAAAGGCGGAGACUGAGAGGAGAUAUAGCCAUCUUCAAAUAUCUCAAGGGCUGUCACAUGGAAGAGGGAACAAGCUUGUUUUCUCCUGCCCUGGGGGUAGGACUUGAACCAAUGGCUUCAACUGGUAACAGGGGACAGGGCCUUUUUAGUGGUGGAACCUUAGUUUUGGAAUGCUGUUCCCAGAAAAGCUCACCUGUUGCCCACUCUGGUGACUUUCCACUGCCAGGCAAAUAACUUUCCAGGCAGUUGAAAUUGUGUUGAUCUGUUUUACUCUGGUUAUUUUUUAUUCAGCUGCUAUAGAUUUUUUGUUUUUAGCUUAUUUUUCUGUUUCAGCUGUUUUGUAAUGUUUCACCAUAAGCAGCCUUCAUCCUGUGUUUGAAGGGCUGGGUGUAAGUUCUAAUAAGAAAAUAAAUAAUAAUAAAUUAUAGAGAGAAGGCUAGCAUGGGGGCACAUUUUUACACUGACUGUCAAUAAUGAAUUCUUCUGUGCUACAAUAUUCCUGUUUGGGGAGAUGGAGAGGAAUGUUUCACUUGAGUGCUUUAGGAAGGAACAUAGGGUGUUUCCUAAAAACAUGUGCUGUAAUUCUCCCCAUAAUGGCAUUCUCUUUGUUGUUCUCCAUAGUUUUGGCAGCAUAGUUGCCAACAUAAGAUGCUCGCAGACGGCAUCUGUCGAAUUUCCUUAUCAUAGUGGUAUGUUUUCCCUUUCAGACUGCAAAUAUGCAAAUAUAUUGUCAGUGUCUCUUUUCCCUUCCGCAAUUCGGUUAGCUGGGGGCUUUCCCAUAGAGUUUGACUUUCCCAAGUGCAUUUAUUUCAGAAUUCAACCGCCGAGAACGUGCUCUUUUCAGCAAGAAAUGCAGGGAAUGCAGUGCUGCAGAAUCCGUCUCCUGUCAGCUCCUUCUCAGAAUCAGCUGUUAAACAGACGACAUGCUCCAAAAAAGAAACAGGCUGCCCGAAGCAGCUUUAUUCUGUAAGUUGAAACAUCCCAUCUGUGCCACAUAAUUAACACUUUGUGAAUACUAGAGGGCUGUGAACUUUGUACAGACAAGCAUGGAUUCCGAGCCUUGCUAACACAGAUUGUUAAGCAUGUCAGCUGCUGCCCUGGGCCAGGGCUUGAAAUGGUUUUUAAUUGCUUGAUGGGCAAAUCACUUUAUUCAGCCUCCUUGAAUUGAAGGGUGCAUGUAGACGUAUGUUGUUUAAAUGGGCACUGGCUUUGGUCGGAUGUAGCACAAAACUACGGUUUAGUAUUACAUGCACAAGCCUUGAACUUAUGCGUUCUCUCCCUCCAGGGAAAAGCUUAUAAGCUUUUGCUGCUAUUUUUAACUAACUGCAGUUUAGCAUUAUUUCUGAACCUAGACAAGCAGUGGUUACUCUUAACUAUGUCUUAUUAAAACAAUCCAGUUUCAUACCAUAGCUUAAGAAUCUGGGUUCUGAGUGUGGGUGUAACACAACCAGUGCCGGCCCACCUAUGAGGCAAGUUGAGGCAACCGCCUCAGGCAGCAGGAUUCUCAAGGGCAGCAGACCCAGCUGACCAAGGAAUGCAUUGCCUGCUGCUGCUACGGUGCACCAUUUUGUGGUUCACCUCAGGUGCCAAAAUGCAUUGGGCCAGCCCUAAAUGCAACUGUGGUUCAUCGAAAAUGGAAGUGAAAGUUUCUGAUCCCAUGUUGGAAGAGUGAGCGAGAAAAUAUGGGGAUCUGAUAUUUGCCCAGGCGCAUUUGCAUAAUGCUAAGCUUAGCAUUCCGUUUGAACGAGGCCACUGUGGAAGUGCACUCACUGUGUUGAAUGAAAUUUCAUAGCCAGUAUCAAACUUGGGAGCUUGCUUCAGAAAGUAAGGUAAAGGCACCCCUGACCGUUAGGUCCAGUCGUGGACGACUCUGGGGUUGCGGCGCUCAUCUCGCUCUGUAGGCUGAGGAGCCGGCAUUUGUCCGCAGACAGCUUCCAAGUCAUGUAGCCAGCAUGACUAAGCCGCUUCUGGCGAACUACAGCAGCACAUGGAAACACUGUUUACCUUCCCGCUGGAGUGGUACCUAUUUAUCUACUUGCACUCUGACGUGCUUUCAAACUGCUAGGUUGGCAGGAGCAGGGCCCGAGCAAUGGGCGCUCACCCCGUCGCGGGGAUUCGAACUGCCCACCUUCUGAUGCGUAAGCCACAGGCUCUGUGGUUUAGCUGCAGAAAGUAGCUGUGCACAAAACUAAUAGGCUGGUGCUUUUGAUGUCUUAGAUCCACAUCCUCAGAACAAUUUCACAGUUUUUAAAUGGAUGUAAACAUAAGGCAGUAAACGAACAUAGAAAUAAGUAGACAUUCACAUUGCACUUUCAAAAAUAACAAUGCAGGUAGCCUGCAGGAAAAAGAAAAGCAAGACAGACGGGAGAGAUUGGUAUUUGAAUCACAGAUAAGUAUGUCAGCUGAAUGUAUUGUGAAGGUAGAAUGCAGGCCAGCUCCUUCCACUAAGCCCUAGUUACCGUAUUUUUUGCACCAUAACACUCACUUUUUUCCUCCUAAAAAGUAAGGGGAAAUGUCUAUGCGUGUUAUGGAGGGAAUGCCUACGGGUGGCAUGCCUACGGAUUUUCCUCCUCUAAAAACUAUGUGCGUGUUAUGGUCGGGUGCGUGUUAUAGAGCGAAAAUUACGGUAAAUGUCUGUUUGCAUGAACCUUACACUUGUCUGUAUCAAUGAGUCUUAUACCUGUUAAGAGUAAGACUAGAGGAGCUUGAAUUUGAAUAAUCUAGCUAAACUUUCUUGUAAUUUUUUUUAUAUAAAAAAGCAUUAUUGUUUUUUAAAAAAACAGCAUUUGCUUGUGGAUCAGACUAUAAAAAUCAGGAAAAGGGUGUUGGAAAAUUAAGCAGCAAUUUGGGGAAGAAGCAAUUGUGGACUCAUUUAUUUAUUUUGUACAGUAGUACCUUGGUUUCCAAACAGAAUGCAUUCCGGAAGUCAGUUCGGCUUCCGAAAUGUUCGGAAACCAAGGCGCGGCUUCCGAUUCGCUGCAGGAUGCUCCUACAGCCAAUCAGAAGCUGUGGAAGCCACACCGGACAUUCGGCUUCUGAGGCAAAGUUCGCAAACCGGAACACCUACUUCUGGGAUUGUGACGUUCGAGUUCUGAAUUGUUUGUGAACUAAGUUGUUCAAAAACCAAGUUACGACUAUUCUCCAUUUACAAUCAUUUGAAGCUAAGCUCUUCUGAAAUCGCUCUGGCUUACUUCUGAGUUACCUUAUGGAACAUCUUCAGGAGAAGAAAAGGCUAAGGAGUUAACCCUACACAAAUCUGGAGUGGAGUCCCUAAGAUGGUUGAAUGGUGCCUUGUACGCCUCCUUCCAGUAACUCCUGCAGCCAAGUUGGUGCCAAACGUAUUGCUCUGCUUUCCUUUGGACCACAGGGAGGCCGAGAAUGGGGUCUGGUUGUUUUGGCAGCCCAGGACCUCCAUACACACUGCCCAGGCUUCCAUCCCGGAGAGGUCAUGUUGGUGCCACUAACGCAGCAAAAACAAUGUGGGAGGAAGCAGUUAUGAGUUACUGGUCUCUGCAGCUACAGCAGGUGCUGUGAUUCUCCAGUGGUUUGGCCUCCCCUGGAGAUGCACUCCAUUGUCUCUUAAGACAGAUGGAUGCCUCUUUACUAGAUUGCCAAAAUUCUGAUCAAAAAGUUCUGUACCAAGUCACUAUCUCUGAAUAAUGUUUCCACAGUAGUUUUUUGAAAGGGAGCCUUAAAAAUAUGCUCUUUUUUUGGUAAAUACUGGUCACAAAUGUAGGGUUUUGGAAGUCGCCAGCAAGUUAACACUGUUACCAGAGACACCCCUAUCCAAAGAGGGGAAAAUAUGGCAGCCACCUUAAACACUUACAACACAUUUUAUUUUUAUCCAAAGGGAAAUUAUAUAGUGGCUGUGAUCUAGAGCACACCACCCCAUCUUCAUCAGAACUUAGCAUAAAAUCUGCCCAUUGAUGAUUAAAGGGUGCUUCCAGAAAUACAGUAUAGGAAAGUCAGUACAGUAGUGGAGUCAUUUUUUUGGCUGGUAUUCUUGGGGGUUUUGCUCUCGUUGUCGGAAUUUCUCAUCCUUUUGAUCAAUUUGAAAAGAGAAGAUGGUUCGUUCGUCUAAAACAUUCCUCUCCCUGGACUGUUCAAAGCCUUGUUUCAUCUACUUCAGCAGCAACUCUCUCACCCACACAACCAAAUGUUACAGAUGGGAAGGGUUCUGCAGCGGUGACAUUUCUUCUUCAACUCUUGUGUAUUUACUUCCAGAGGUGUAAAACCGGUGGAGUUCCAAUUUCAGCUGACUCACAGCUACUGGAAAUCUUACCGUGGUAAUAAAUGACAGCCCUAGUUGAGGACGUAUGCAAAAGAUGCAGAUCCAUUUCACUGGGCGGAAUGUCCUGAAAGUGCUACAGGACUUUUGACCUCUGUUUAUUGAUACACAGCCUUAAGCUCCAGUCCUUCCAUUUUACAAGCAGCCCUGAUGCUUCUUAAGCAUUGGAUCUAGGUGAUGUUGAGUUUCAGGUGGGAUGUGGAAGAAGCAAAGUAUUGGUACAGAUUUGGGGUACCAGAAUUUAGGGGUGCAAAAGUCUCCAUCAUUCUAAGAAGUUAGUGAAUGUUAGAAAUUAUUGAAUGCUAGAAAUUAAUAAAUGCAUGCAGUCUUCCCCUGGGAUGGAAGCAUGACAAAUGUGUUGAUGGCCCAUCAAAGGAAGAUGUUUGGAUGUAUGAAACAAGGGGGUAACAUGGGUGUUAGAUUACACAGAGGAAAAAUGUUGUCCUUUUAAAAAACAGAGGCCUGAAACUGUUUCUGUUUUGCCAAACAUUUUGGGGGAAUUAAUUUGAUUUAAGGUUCAGCUUUUGUUCCUUAUUUUAUGUCAUUUAAUUGAUUUUAUUUUAAACCACCACUAUAUUGUUGUUAUGAAUUUGGGGCAGUGGGGACAAGUUCCCCAUAAUCCUAACUUUAGUAAAGGGCAGAGUUUAGCUAAUAUUUGGAGCACGAAGGGAAGAUUCCAGGCCAGUGAAAAAUACAGGCUGAACCAGUUCUCCUGUUCAGGAGAUUGCUGAUAGCGACGCUAUUAAGAACACAAGGAGAAUUGGUCAGAAACAGAAGAACUGAGAGGGGGAGGUUGCCAGGGUUAACAGAGGGUGUGAUGUCACCACAGGAAAAAAGGUGUGCUUUUAAAACAGAGGUUUCAGACUAGGGGUUUUGGGAAAGACGAAGCGAGGGGCCAGAACUCAGAGAAUCAGAGAACUGUGGGGUUGGAAGGGGUCCCCAAGGGCAGGAAAAUAAUACUCUACUUUUUUUUCUUUUUUUUUUUUUAAGGAUACAGUCAGGGCCUGCACGAUUCCCUGGGGAAGAGUCUGAAUUGCCAAUUCCUUUUUUUUUUUUACAUUUAGAAGAAGCAGAAUACACUACCUGCUGGCCACCUUGCAAAACUGAAGGAACUUUGAGCAAAUUGAAAGUGGACACCAGUUUAGGCCACACCAGAAAUACUGGUCUAUCUGGUAUGAAAGAGGACAUUUGGAGAGCCUUCAGUAAUCCCAGCCAUGUAGCUAAGUGGUGUGUGCUGGAAACCCCCGGACCUGAGCUUCUUCAUGCUCAAACACAUGGUAGUAAAGUCACAAUACUCAAAUGAAGCACACUUGACUCUCUCAUAAGCCGCAACAUUCUUAAGGGUGCACCCCCAAUAUUUCUGCUUUAUUGACGUCAGAAGAAGCACAAUAAAAGUGGG